AUGACCCCGGCAGAGGUGGAGCGAUGGCUGCAAGGCUUGGGAUCGUUGCUUCCACGUGAGGCCGUUUCUGCGUUGGCCGAGGAAGUCCGGCGCCAGGGUAUGGACGGAUCUGCAUUUGAUGCGUUGGUUGCGAGUCGAGCAACGCCCUCGCUGGGAGAUGCAGUUCGUCCGAAUCACAUGGCCACCUUGCGACGGUGCUGGAAUGCGAAGAAACCUUCGAAGGCAGCUGCACUGCCCAAACAGGACGACGAGAAACUGGAGCAAAGGAAGAUCACACCUGCGAGGUUUGAUCCACCUCCACGAGAGACGGUGACCGAGCUCGGGGAGCUGCCAGAGGUUUCGGUGGAGAUUCCCAAGGAGGCUGAAGAUGUGGACAAAGAAGCAGACAUCGGUACUCCGUUGAGCAGCGCUUUGCAGAAGCAGAAGGUUGCCAGACCUCCACAGGUUCCGAAGUUGGAUCUCUCCUUCGUGCACAACAAAGGAAGUCGAAGCGAUUCCGAUAACCUCAUGAAGCACGAAUGGAAGGGUGGAAGGACACAUGGAAGACCUGCAAGCAUCGUCUCUGCCGCUGGUGCUGAUGACCCUCAUAGGGCUGGCUUUGCCCAUGCGAGUGCCGAGGAUCAGCAGCGCAUCGCAGAGUUUUAUGGAUAUCGAGACGAGGGCUUCAUUGCCACGAUGAACGGACUUUGCACCGACAUGAUCCGGCCAAGACUGUACGUGGGAAAUAUGGCAGAUGCAGCAUACUGGCCUUUGUUGAAAAAGCUUGGCAUCACGCAUGUGAUCAACUGCUCGCUUGAGGCACAAAAAGUUCCUCCAGCCUAUGAAUCCAAGGGCGUGCAGUACUUGCUACUGCCUUGGCAAGACAGAGAAGAGGAGGCGCAGAGCCUCACCAGGCAGAGAUUCCGAACUUUGCGAGGGGCGACGCAAUACAUGAAGAGUGUGUUGAAGGCAAAGACGCGUGUUGAAGGCAACGACGUUCCUUUGUGGAGAGUUGGUUGA